UCGUCGCUUAAGUGUUUUGUAAGGUGAUCCCAAUGGUAGCCGCGAUUGGCCGUUGAACAUACUUGGCAAUGAGUUAUGCAUAAUUAUCCAAUUGAGAUUCAUAACUCUGUCGCACCACAGCGUGUGACUGCGCGUGUCCAUCGCGCGUCGCCUCGUGGUUUCAUUCGUAUUUUAGGUGGUAGGACCUGGCGGAUCCGGUCUCCGUAAUACGCUCGUGUCGCAGACCAAGUCCCUCGUAUCUUCCGAUCAAAUGACGAGAUGCCGGCUGCUCUAUUUGCUUCUAUUAGCGGUCCUAAUGAUAAGCACAGAGGCGGCGAAGGGCGGCGGUGGUAGAGGGAGAGGUCGCGGCCGAGGAAGAGUGUUCGGCUCGCGGGUGCAUAUCCUGAUACCCAAUCGAAAUCCCGCCAGUACGCACUAUUACGAAAACAAGGAUGGUGCCAAGAUCGUGAAGGCGUCUCACUUUGAAUUGGAUUACAUGCUGGGCAGAAAGAUCACGUUCUUCUGCAUGGCGAUCGGUAUCCCGCGACCGGAGAUCACUUGGCUGAAGGACGGGAUCGAGCUGUACCAUCACAAAUUUUUCCAGGUGCACGAGUGGCCCGUUGGUAACGACACGAUAAAGUCGAAAAUGGAGAUCGACCCUGCGACGCAGAAGGACGCCGGAUAUUACGAGUGCCAGGCGGACAAUCAGUACGCUGUCGAUCGUCGGGGUUUCAGAACGGACUACGUCAUGAUCUCGUAUUAAACGUCUUCUCCGACGGUAGCCUCCGCGCGAUCGCCGAUUAGUAUUAGAAAAUGAAUAAUAUCCUGUGUAAAGAAUAGAUAUAGACAUUUGUUAUUGAUGAUUUGCUACAUAAUAGAUUUUUACCUGAUAA